UAUAUGAGGGAUGAGGGAUGAUGGAAGGGGUGGUAUGAAGAAGUAUGAAAGUGAAAGGGGAGGGCGAAGAAGGGGUUGGAACUAGUUUGGUCUAAGUUGGUCGCAGUGGCAGGUAAAGAUGAGCGAGGAAGAUGAAAGAAAGAAGCAAAUAGCGGAGCUGAGCAAAAGCCUGAAAGAGGGAGAGAGGAUCCUGGGCCCAACCAGACGCCCCGACGGAACCCUCCGCAAGCCCAUUCGCAUCCGCGCUGGCUACGUCCCUCAGGACGAAGUCGCCAAAUACCAGCCCAAACCCGCACUCUUGAAAAAGGAGACCGCCUCUUCUGGGCCUCCCGGCUGCGACCCACACGCCCAUGCUGCCAGGCCCAAGACCAAGUCCGUCAAGCGGAACGAGCGCAAGAAGGAGAAGCGUCUUCAAGCUUCUCUCGAAAAGGAAAAGAAUCUCGAAGGUGGCGUCAGCGUCAGCGUCAGCGAUGAUACUGGAAACACAUUGAUCGACCUCACCCACCGUGUAAAUCACCUUGCUCUCCAAGAUUCCUCUCCCUCCGCGCUCGAUUUAGAUAAGAGAAUUCGUGCCCUCAGAAAGAAGAUUCGACUUACAGAAGCAUUGGAGCAGAAAAGUGCAGAGCAAGAUCUGAAGCCAGAGCAGUUGGAAAAGAUAGCAAAACUAGAAGAUUGGCGUAGAGAGUUAAAGCAAUUGGAGGAUGAGAAGGCUGAAACAACCGUAUCAUGAUUAAAGUAUUCGAUUAUAGUGUGACAAAAUGUGUAGUUUCAUCCAUAUUUUCUUGAAGAUAUAUGGGCACUUUCAUGGAAACAGUUUUAUCAAUGAUUUUUCCUUUAAUUUGUCUUUUGCAUGGAUCUUGCGGAUACAGUUAGGCCUUAUUUGGAGAAUGUUUUCAACAACUUUUGAGAAAAUUUAGAAGUAAAAUUAUUUAAA